AUGCCUCCCAAGAAGAAUGCUCGCGCGGCCAAGGCCGCUCAGACUCAGGAUGAGUCUGAUAAUGAGAGUAUGUCCCGAGAUUUCUUUUACUCCCCUAACCUCUUUAUUCCCAAGUCUGUUCAUCCGAGCGGCCAUCGCUUCUGGCGGAAGCUUCAACAUUCUCACUACCUGGCGACAGGUCUCAACCCUUCGCAGCUCCCUGUGAAGGUCACUCGUUCCACGUCGAAGGCUACCUCUUCAGCCUCAAAGAAGCGGACCGCCGACCUUCUCGUCAGCCCUUCGAAGAGAUCUCACAAGGGAUCGGUUGAUCACUCGGAGCGUGAUAUCUCGCAUAUGUUCACUCCGGAAGCACGUGAGGAUCUGCUCAAAGAUGCUCGACUUCGAGCAAUCAUGCAAGUCCAAUUUGGUAAGUUUAACCUCGCUGCGCCACCUGUGCCGACGGGGAUACUUGCGACAACAUUUUCUUAA